AUGAGCUCACCAACCCAGCAAGCCAUGUGUCAUAUCCCGGAAUCCCAACCCCAUACUCUCCCACCUCAUUACACCUUCCUAACAACCUCAUCACCCCCUACACCAUACCUCCCCACUUCCCAACAUCACCUUCCAUCCCCACUGUCUCAGCUCCGGCCUGGACUUCAGCACACUCGCCCUUGGGAACUCCCAUCCCAGAACCUCAGUCCUGAGUUGGAACAUUCGGAACCUCCGGAUUUGCUCGGACCUCCUGACGGACCUCCAACAUCUUGUUCCAUACUUCUAAACCAUUCCACCACCCAUUUCAUUUAG